AUGGACGCGAGUGGUGACCCGAGUGACCGCCCGGCAGGAGAUCGUCCUCGUAGCGGGCUACCGCCAAUUAAGUAUCAGAUCAGGCAGAAUGGGGCCGUGGUGCGUUGGAGCCCGGCCAGCCGCCUCCGACAGUGUGAGUGCCGUAGCAACUACUACGCCUAUCCGAACGCUCUAGUGUUGGCGGUGGCGAAGGAGCGUGAGGAGCUAGCGGAUGAUAAUGCUAAGCUGGAAGCUGGGGUUGCCAAGUUGGAGGCCGAGGUGGCUCAGGUUAGGGCGACCAACGAGAAGCAAGCCUCGCGUAUUAAAGAGCUAGAAUAUGACGUGCUUGAGGUCGAGGACAGAGUUGAUGACCUAUGUGACCAAUUAAGGCAGGCACGAGAGCGCGAACUCAAGCGAGCUCGUAAAGUCAGGGGUCGCGCUGAGGCGAUCCUUAAUCUGUGUGAUGUUGGGCUCGAGGAGGAUAGCGAUGAGGCCUCGCGCUUUAUCCAGGGGUUGAACGUUGAGAUUCAGAAAGACCUCGCGGCGGCUCAGAUUACUGCGUUUAGCGAGGCUGUGGAAAAGGCCCAGCGAGUUGAAAGUGCGCGGUUGCAGGCAGAGGUACUCCAUUCAGGGGUGGCCAAACUGGGCGAGGACCGAGGGGAAAUGCUCAGAGUGGCUCGGCUUCAGCAUCUCGCGGUCCCUACGGGCAUUGCGGGAAGUCAAACCACAACGAAGAUAACUGCUGGAGGAAACAGGCAUAUUUACACUUAUCCUAAUGAAGUAGUGUUGGCCAUUGUGAAGGAGUGGGAGGUGCUUGCAAAGGACAAUGCUAGGCUUGAAACUGAAGUGAAUCAACUGAAGGAAACUAUUAAAACGCAAACUGAUCGGAUUAAGGAGCUUGAGUAUGAUGUGGUCGAGGGCCGAGAAAGGGUUGAUGACCUUUGUGCACAGCUUGGAGAAGCUCAAGAGUGCAUGAUUAAGAGGGCCAUGAAUGUGAGGAAUAGAGUUGAAUCGAUUUUGAAUAUUUGUGAUGACUUACUUUUAGAUGUGAGCGAUGAGACUUUUUACAUUGGAGGCGAGGUAGGAGUUGAACUUGCCCAAGCUGAGAGGUCAGCUAGUCCCGCGGCGGACUAA